UUCCCAGGCCAACUUGGAUACCUGUUACUGCAUAGAGAAAGCAAUGCCUUGAAUGUGAGUGGAUCCAGGAUUUUCAGAAGGGUGGUGGGGGAGUAAUGACUGAUGCUGCAGGGGUGGUCAUGGUCAUCUAUUCUCCACCCGGCCCUCCCAGCACCCCCGGGGAAGGCAGACCACACCAUGGGAGCAGCAGCCAGGGACUUUUUAAAGUUACAAAAUCAGGCAUGGAAGAGGAGAUGGUUUGUGCUUCGUAGCGGCCGUCUAACAGGAGAUCCAGAUGUAUUGGAAUAUUACAAAAAUGACCAUGCUAAAAAGCCUAUCCGCAUUAUUGACUUAAACUUAUGUCAACAAGUAGAUGCUGGAUUGACAUUUAACAAGAAAGAGUUUGAAAAUAGCUAUAUUUUUGACAUCAACACUAUAGACAGAGUUUUCUACUUGGUUGCAGACAGCGAGGAGGAGAUGAAUAAGUGGGUUCGAUGUAUUUGUGAUAUCUGUGGGUUCAACCCUACAGAUGAAGAUGCUGUGAAGCCACCUGGUAGUUCUUUACAAGCAUCUGCUGACUUGCCCUUAGCAGUUAAUACUUCACUACCUUCUAUGCAAGCCGAAUCAUCCCUACCUCCUCCAUACCAGCUAAUUAAUAUCCCCUCUUUGGAGUCCUCAUGUAGUCAAGAAGAUCCUCAGGACUACUUAUUGCUAAUAAACUGUCAAAGCAAGAAGCCAGAACCUAUGAGCCAAGGGUCAUCUUUUAUCUCUGAAGAAGGGCAAGAAUACCUACUACUGGAAGAUUUUGAAAGUAAAAAGAUUCCAUUGCAAUCUCAUGCUGACUCAGCAAAAUCCACCUCUUCUGAAACAGACUGCAAUGAUAAUGUACCCUCUCAUAAAAAUCCUGCUCCAUCGGUAAGCAAGCAUGCCGUGAAUGGUUUUUUUCAGCAACAAAGUGUCUAUGACUCUCCACCACCUCGAUCUACAAUGGUGUCUGUAGACUGCAGCCUUUAUAAUCUGCCUAGGAGUUACUCACAGGAUGUUUUACCAAAGGCAGCAUCUCCAUCCGGGACUGACGCAGAAGGAGAGCAGCACAUUUUCAGUGCCCCAUCAGCAACAUCAUUAGAUGCGCAGAUGAGACAUAUCUCCAUUAGUUAUGACAUUCCCCCGACACCUGGAGGUACAUAUCAGAUUCCACGAACUUUUCCAGAAGGAACAUUGGCUCAGACUUCAAAGCUAGAGAUUAUUCCAGAUAUUCCUCCACCUCGGCCUCCAAAACCUCAUCACUCUUCAGAUCGAUCUCCUGUGGAAACCUGUAGCAUUACUCGUACUGCGUCAGACACUGACAGUAGUUAUUGCAUUCCUACAAUGGGAAUGCCACCUUCACGCAGUAAUACCGUUUCCACUGUAGAUUUGAAUAUAUUUCGAAAAGACAUUAGUUCUCAAGACUGCUAUGAUAUUCCACGAACAUUUCCAAAUGACAGAUCUAGCUCAUUGGAAGGUUUCCACAAUCACUUUAAGAACAGAAGCAUGUUGACAGUGGGAAGUGUUUCAAGUGAAGAACUGGAUGAAAAUUAUGUCCCAAUGAAUCCCAACUCUCCACCACGGCAGCAUUCCAGCAGCUUCACUGAACCCAUUCAAGAAACAAACUAUGUACCAAUGACCCCAGGCACAUUUGAUUUUUCAUUAUUUGGAAUGCAAGUGCCUCCUCCUGCUCACAUGGGUUUCAGGUCCAGUCCAAAGACGCCUCCCAGAAGGUCAGUACCUGUUGCAGAAUGUGAACCACCACCAGUGGAUCGGAAUCUCAAGCCAGACAGAAAAGGUCAAAGUCCUAAAAUUUUAAGACCUAAACCACAUGGUUUAGAGCGAACUGAUUCACAAACCAUAGGUGACUUUACUACAAGAAGAAAGGUAAAACCAGCUCCACUAGAAAUAAAACCUCUGCCCGAGUGGGAGGAAUUACAAGCCCCCGUUAGAUCUCCUAUCACCAGAAGUUUUGCACGAGACUCCUCCAGGUUUCCUAUGUCUCCCAGACCGGAUUCAGUUCAUAGCACAACUUCCAGCAGUGACUCGCACGACAGUGAAGAGAAUUAUGUUUCCAUGAAUCCCAAUCAGUCCACUGAAGACCCAAUUCUGUUUGCUAGCAACAGCCUUGAUGGAGGAAGCAGUCCUAUGGUAAAACCUAAAGGAGAUAAACAAGUAGAAUAUUUAGAUUUGGAUCUAGAUUCUGGAAAAUCUACUCCACCUCGUAAGAAAAAAAGCAGUGGUUCUGGUAGCAGUGUGGCUGAUGAAAGAGUGGAUUAUGUUGUGGUUGACCAGCAGAAAACACUAGCACUGAAGAGUACACGAGAAGCAUGGACUGAUGGGAGGCAGUCUACAGAAUCUGAAACACCAAGUAAAAAUGUAAAAUGAAAAUACAGCUUUUUCUUCAUAGAACAAAAAAAGAGUGUCAUUUGUCAUUCUGCAUUUUGAAGAAACACUGAACCACAACUGCAAUGUUGCUUGACUGUACAGUACUUGACAGUUCACCGGUGUACAGCUUCCUACCUGAACAGGAUGGGAGCUAAAGGACUCUUCAAAUACAGCAAAAAUGUUAAGAUCCUGUAUUGUGCUCUGUGGCAUCUGGAUAACUCACAAAAUGUAAAUAGCUUGUAAAAUAGUAUUCCUGAGCUCCCAGAAACUUUUUGUUCUGUACUUAACACAUUUGUAGUAUUAUUAAGUUUAUGCACUUUUUCAGUUACAGUGUUGGUUCAGGUAUUCCUAAUUAGUGUACCGUAAUGCCUAAUUCAUUUUGAGAAUUUUUUCUUACACUACUAUGCAUUACAAUUCUAGGUUAAUUAAGCUACUUGUAGAUAUGGGAAAUUAAUGUUUGAACUUGAUUUUUAAAAUUGAUUUAGCAGAAAUAGUUUCACAAUUUAAUAAUCUACUUGAAAUGGCAAGAGAUGACCAUUAGUGACAUACUGUUUUAUAUUUAAUACAUGCAAGGAAUCUUUGGAAGUCUACAGGUUACCUUCCUAACAAAAAUUGCUGUGAGUUAAUAAUAAUGAACGUUAUUGGUUUUAGACCUAGAAUUUUGGCUUAUACGUUAGUUGUUAGUGGUAGAACUUCUAUUGUAUUUUAUUAAUGACAGUGUUCUGUGUUCAUUGGGUGAAGAUUCUGCAGGGUAGGAUCUUACACUUUUAAAGACUAAAUAAUUAAAUAUCAAGUAAGCCUGCAAACCACUGAUGGCAUGCAGUAAUGUUGUGAUCUCAUACUAAUUAACAGAAAUAACCUUUAUAUUAUUUACGGAAGGUAGAAUAUAUAAAUAAUCAGGUACGUACCAAGCACUGUUGUGCUAAUACACUGAUCAGGUUUAGACAAUGAGCUUUAGUUUUGUACUAUUUAGAAGUCCUACUUUUGGUUUUCAGUUUGAGAUUAACAGGACAGUUUGACAUUCACUGUUCGUAGUACUAGCAAGAUACUGUGAUUUUGAAUUAGACAGUAAUUCAAAUGGAAAUACUAUGUAUUGACACCAUAGUGCCCUUCCUAUGAUCUUUAUUUUACUUAAUCUCCUGCUUGGCCUUAUAUUUAAAUCCCUAUGCAACUGAUAUUUUAUAUCUGUGUUUUUCUAAAAAUAGAUACUAUACCUGAUCCCCUCAUACACCAUGUGUUGCUCUUUCCUGGUACAGGAUUUAAAGCUUUAUGUACUGUGAUCCUUUCAUUUUCACUAUGCCAGUUUCAAAUAAUGGUCUGCCUUGGUUUAGAAUUAACUUAGCUGUCAAGAAGCAAAUAGAGGUCUUUAAUUAUGUAAAUGAUUUGUUAAAUUUAUUAUGUCUGGGUUGAAAAUUUACUAACACUUUUUUACACAAAUACCCUUGAGUAACUCUUGAUGGAUUUUGUUUUGUUUUCUUUGUUUUUGGUCCAGACUUUUAAAAUGUUGAA